UCGCCAUCGGCCCUUUAGCGCGAGUUUCAGAGCACCCGCAUUCUUUCGCUGGGCUGCCAUUAAACCGUACACCAAGCUGCCCCUCCCUCUCGGCUUAUUCGCCGCAUAACAUUUGGUGGAGGUAGAGUACCAAAAUAUCGGAAAAGUACUCAAAAUACUGUAUUUUGAGCACGUACUCGAGAUACGUACAAGUCUGCGACCACGCCGAGACAAGGUGGUGCCUGCGUCGCCGGAGGGCGAGGGAAAGGGGCGGUUGUGCUUUCCAGGUACUUACUUAUCCAAGGCUUUCCGCUGACGUUGUAACGCAAAAGCCGGCACAACUACUUGUAAGAUUGGCCCAGGACGCGAAGUCCCCUUAGAGCGACAUUCCGCCAUAUUGGCAGACGCGACAAUAUACUGCCACAAGCUUACCAACCACGACAGCAUCUUCCUCUUAGCUCGUUGGUGGUAGUCAAUGUCGUGCUGAAGACUCGGAACUGGUCCUGGUGGUCUUGGAGUUCUUCGAGUGGAAGUGGUGCAAUUAAGCCGGCAGUCAAUCCCCGAAAGAUGCAGUUUGCUGGAUCCCGCAUCAAUCUACUCGAACACGCCGUAAACGCUGGCAUACCCUGGCAAUACUAGGAUAAGGUAAAAAGUUACCUUCGAAUUCUCCCCGUCCACAGGACGUGAACAAGCCCUCAAAGUUCUCUCGGUUCGUCUGCCUUUUAUGCACAAUUCAUACUUCGGGUCAGUCGGUCUCGCUUCAUCUCACUCUUCUAAAUCGCCCAUUUCUGAUUAGCCCGUUGCUAGCGAAUAGAUCGUCGGCGUGACGCUGUUACAUCAACCCCACAGAGAACUCCCACCUGCAGCUUUUGCAAGCCACACGCUGGUGUCACCUGAAAGGAGUUAUGCCGCAACGGAGGAAGCCUGCCUAGCCGUCAUCGGUCGCAGUGAAUAGGCAGUAUUCACUGAAGCGCUGAGCGCGGUGCACUGUGGGCCGGUCCGCCAUUUUGAAGUCCAUACUACGCGCUCGCUUGGCCCGGCGAGAGCGUCUGUCCUCCUCAAACAUGGUUUAUUGCGCCAUUGUCGGCUGUAACAGCCGCACACAGAGCAAGCAACAAAAGAUAAAGUCGAACGAGAAGGAUCCAAGUUUUUUCAAGAUACCGAAGGUUCGCAUGAACGAGUGCGAGAAAACAAGAUUGCUGUCCGAGAGACGACGCAGGGAAUGGCUGGCGCGAAUCAAACGUGCUGGAAUCGCGGGGGAUCCUGACAAGUACAAGGUCUGCUCACGUCACUUCUUAUCAGGCUCACCCUCUGGUCUGUUUGACGACUGCAAUCCUGAUUGGGCUCCUUCACUACACCUGGGAUACAAUGCUGAGCCUGCCCAUGAUGGAAGGUACAAGCGCCUGAUGGCACGACAUUCCAGAAGCCGGCAGGCACCCCCAGAUGCCAAUCAACAUGUGGACAUAUCACCUGAAACCGCCAUGGACAUAACUGUUCAUGACACGGAUGUGGCCGUUGACGAAUGUGAUAUGCAGCAGGGUAAUUUUACUGCGGAACCUGUUUCUGGCAUGUCAUGCCAAACAGACAUGACAGCCGAUCACAUCCACCAGCUGGAAGUGGAGGUGGCAAGCCUUCGAAAGGAAAUGAGAGCUGCAAAGGAAGACCUUUUAGCAUCAAAGUUCACUGAAGAGGCACUCCGUGAUGAUGACGAAAAGGUGUCUUUUUACAGUGGAUUGCCAUCGUUCCUGGCCAUCCUUUCGCUUUUUCAUCUUCUGAAAGAUCAUGUAGCACACAGCUCACGAAAUGUGCUCAGCCAAUUUGAGGAAAUGAUGAUGUUCCUCAUAAGGAUCAGAUUGGGCAUCCACAUGCAGGACCUUGCAUACCGUUUCAAUGUUUCGCAAUCAACUGCCUCAAGAAUUUGUGAGAAAUGGCUUGAUGUGUCAUAUGAUCGUCUUGGCCACCUUGUACAUUGGCCGGACAAGGAAAACAUAAUGAAAACAAUGCCUGCUGCAUUUGUUGAAAAUUUUGGUUUUAAAGCCAGAGUAAUUCUAGACUGCUUUGAGGUGUUCAUACAGAGACCAAGUUCCUUAAUUACACGAGCAGAGACGUGGUCCCAGUAUAAGCACCACAACACAGUAAAAUUUCUGCUGGGGAUCAGUCCACAGGGCAUGGUGACGUUUCUGUCGAGAGCCUAUGGUGGGCGUGCUAGCGAUAAGGCAAUUACGGAACAGAGCGGUGUUCUGCAGUUAUUAGAAUAUGGAGAUGUCGUUCUUGCUGACAGGGGGUUUUUGAUUGCAGAAAGUGUUGGCAUGUGUUGUGCAACAUUAGCUGUGCCCACAUUUACGAAAGGAAAGAGGCAACUUUCCAGCUAUGAAGUUGAACAGACCCGAGAAAUCGCAAACGUACGAAUUCAUGUCGAAAGAGUUAUUGGGAUGGUACGAAAUAAGUAUAGGAUACUGAAGAGCACCAUACCUGUGGAGCUCCUAAGAAGGAACAGUCGUGGUGAAAGUGCUAUUGACAAAAUUGUUAAAGUGUGUUGCUCACUGACCAACCUGUGCAAUUCUGUAGUGUCUUUUGACUAGUAUUUAUUACUGCCAUGAUGUAUGUUCAUGUUUUUAACUUGAUGGGAGCAGUAAAGAAAUAAUUGACACCUCUA